AUGAUUCAGGGAAGAACAUCAAAGUCUGUCGUUCGCAAGCUCGAAGAUGCCAUCCAUACUCUCGACGAAGCAGUCAGCCCCUCAUAUGAACAGUCACCUCCUACAAAGAAGAUUCGAGUGGGGCAUUCGUUGUAUGCCACGUUGGCAAAGUAUGGUAUUAAGAAGGAGGCGAAGCCAGCGGGGCCCGUCGACGAAUACGCGACUCUUGCGAAGACCGCCCCUCAUUUAGCAGCUAUCCUGACGCGUACCGCUACCCGCACAAGAAAAAACAUCCCAUUCAAGGCCCACCAGAACACCGCGUCCACCCCUUCGGCGACGGAAUACCGCCCGUCUUCAACGCAGUCUUUCCUCGCGCGCCUUGCGACUUUCAAGCUCGCAACAUAUGUAAAUAAGCCACCUUCCAUCGAUGCUGUUGCUGCGGCGAAAUGCGGAUGGGUCAACGACGGCAAGGACCGGCUGGUAUGUGGAAUUUGUAAUGUUGCAUGGGUCGUUGCGGGACGUGAGGGCCUGAGCAGAGAAGCUGCAAACACUUUGAUCGAGAAGCAACGCGUCUCGCUCGUUGGGAUGCACAAAGAUGGAUGUCCAUGGAAAACCAGACAGUGUGAUGCUUCGAUAUAUAGAAUACCUCUGCAAACUCCUGCUGCAAUGGCGAAAGAGAUAAAGUCCCGAGCGGCGGUUCUAGAGAAUGCUCUGCAGGACGUUGAGGUCAAACAUCCUCUGACAGUAUCCCAGGUCCAGUCGCUGGUCUCGACUCUCUCAACUAUAUCACUGGUCCUGAACUCUUCUUGUCCAGAGGAGCCACUGACUUCCCCGUCAGUACCUUCUGUGCCCUCAGAGCCUUCGGACAUUGCCAUCAUAACCUCCCUUUUCGGCUGGGCGAUCCUGCCUCCAACACCAAACCAAGAACGAUCGCGAAUACAAUCAUUAUCUCGGGCCAACUCGGUUGCUCCCGCAACUCCUGCGCGGAGACUCUCGCGCACGAACUCAGUGACGUCUUUGCGCGCGAGCGCGCCGAGAGAUACAACACCCAGUUCACCUUUACGGUCGAGUCUGGAGAUAACGCCUCCAAUGUUUGCGCCUUCGGUUAAACCGGAUACAACUCUGCUCCAUUGCGCGUUGUGUCAGAGGCGCAUCGGGCUUUGGGCAUUCAUCUCAAAGCCGCAGAUGAAUAGUACGACGGGGGAAAAGGUCCAGGGGAGACAGUUAGAUGUGCUGCGGGAGCACAGGUCAUAUUGCCCGUAUGUCGUACGGUCGACAGACGUGCCGUUCAUGCCACAGCCGCCGGUCGGAACUCAGGCUGCGGCGCAGUCCAGCACGGUCGAAGGAUGGCGCGCUGUUUUGACCGUGGUGCUGCGGCAUGGUCUUGCGCGAAGGCAGCGGCUGCACAGAACUCCAAGCAGCCGGGGCAUGAGUGGCUCGGUGGCAGACGACGGCGGGCAUGAUGAUAUGCAGGCGUCAUCGGCGGAGGUAGAUCGUGUCGAGGCCAUGAUGGCUGGCGUUAAGAGCCGUGGUGGCAAAGAUCUAUUGCGAUAUGUGAAGGGCAUCCUAGGAUGA